CUGAAAGGUUGGUCGCAGAAGUCUGAGUACAAUACCGCAUCAUUUCUUUUUCUGCGUCACCUCGCCUCCACUAACUAGAGUAUCAUAACCUAUCAUAGCCUCAUAGGGUGUGAGGGAGAUUUUCUGAUUACACGAUCGGAAAACUGAUCGACUGCUGAUCGCAGCUCAGUCGAUACUUGCAACAUCAUAACCAACUUCAUCAGUGCUUCGGUCGCAUUCAUAAUAAGACGACCACUCGAGAUUCGUCACUAUUUGGUCGACUGACCACAACAGUGCUCCAUUUUCACAACAAAGGCUGUUAAAUUGCUUCAUAAAGGAUACGGAAUCUUGGGUGCUUUCGAUUCGAUUCUCCUACAGGGUACAACCUCUUCUGCUUUAGGAUACCUCAGUAUCCCACUACAGUCUCCUUUCUGUCAACGCAUACAACAUCAAGAUGAGUUUCUUUCAGGGUUUAGAGACAAAAUUUGACAUGGAUGCGAAGAUGGAGCGGAUCGGAACUGGAAUUAGAAACCUUUUUCAUCCAAACUCUCGGCAUGAUGAGCCUCACGAACAAGCUCAUGACAAGUUGCUUGAACAAAUACGUGCCGGUCAUCGCUUCGAUAGUUUUGCUAAAGUUCGGGAAGAGAAUCAUGUCAAGUGGUAUGUGGAUGGUCAUGACACAUUUUAUGCUGUUUCCGAGUUACUUGAAUCAGCCACGCAUGCUAUAUUCAUCCAAGACUGGUGGUUGACACCAGAGCUCUAUCUGCGUAGACCGCCCGCAUUAAAUGAGCGCUGGAGGCUCGAUCGGAUCUUGAAGCGCAAGGCCGAGGCUGGUGUAAAGAUCUAUGUGAUUGUCUAUAAAGAAGUUGAACUCAACAUGACAAUGAAAUCGUCCCACACCAAACAUGCUCUCGAAGCCUUGCAUCCCAACGUUGCAUGUAUGCGCCACCCUGAUCACCUCGACGGUGAAGAGACUACCUUGUUUUGGUCUCAUCAUCAGAAAGUGAUAGUGGUCGACAAUACAUGGGCUUGCAUCGGUGGUCUCGAUCUGUGUUUUGGUCGUUGGGAUACUGCCUCACAUUCUCUUGCGGACUGUCAUAUUUCUGACUUCACUGAGACCGUCUGGCCUGGCCAGGACUACAAUAAUGCUCGUGUACAAGAUUUCCAAAAUGUUGAGGAAUGGACCAGCAAUCAAGAGAGUCGACUCGAGGUACCCCGCAUGCCUUGGCAUGACACCCACAUGAUGUUAGAGGGACCCGCUGUGGCAGAUGUAUACCAACAUUUUGUUGAAAGAUGGAACUUCAUCUAUAAUCUCAAGUAUAGGAAAAAGCCCAACACUGACGGGCGCUACGGAUUGCUGGGUUUCUCGGUUGAAAUCGGAACCGGGUACCCAGACCAAUCCGAUCAUCCAAACCACGAGCCUGUGACACGUCAUCCAAAUUAUGAGGCAUGGACUCGGGCAGGACGUCGAUUUUUAGGUAUGAAUGUUCCUCAAGAGGCAAGAUCAUAUCCUUCUGGCGGGUCUCAGAUGGAGACAGGAAGAACGCCGUUUAAGGGGAACAUGCGGGUUCAAGUCGUGCGUAGUUGUGGUGACUGGAGCAAUGGAACAACAACCGAGCAUUCUAUCAUGAACGCAUACAUUCAGCUGAUUGCAGAAUCAGAGCGGUUCAUCUACAUGAUUUUCCCUUUCAGUUUCAUCACAACAUGCGCUCCCGAAGGUCACAUCAAGAAUACGGUGGGGCUGGCACUCGCGAAGCGAAUUGUGAAAGCUGCUCAAGCUGGUCAGAAGUUUAAAAUAGUUGUCGCAGUUCCAUGUAUCCCGGGAUUUGCUGGAAAUUUGGAUAAUCCUUCGGAUUCCAGUGGCACGUUAGCCAUCAUGGAUUGGACGUAUAAAUCAAUCUGCCGCGGCGAAAACUCUAUCUUCAACUAUGUUCAAAAAGCAGGCUUUGAUGCGCGAGAAUAUAUCUCCUUCUACAACUUGCGCAACUUUGAUCGAAUCAACAAUGAUCCUGCUACCCUGAAAGAUAUCGAAUCGCGGACUGGGAUCAGCUAUUAUAUGACGCAAGCUGCUCUAGCUAGGAUUUAUCUAGGAGAAAAUGCAAGCAAGGAAGAGCUAGAGAAAAAUAAAGUGGUAAAAUUCAAGCUUGCCCAAGAAGGUGAAGGUAUCGAUCCAAUCCAUAAUGACAUGAAAGCUUGCGGUGGAAAAACGAUUGAGGUGAAGCUACCCGGUCUAAAGGAAGCUCACGAUCAACUGAGAGCUUGGUCACAGGCCGCCCCAGGCUAUGACCGACAGGUAGCUGAUUCGGUAGUGACGCAAGAUGUACCAGGAGGACUUGAGAGCCUUCCUUGGUUAGGAGACGAGGAAUCAGAGAGAGCGGCAUAUGUUUCAGAGGAGUUGUACAUACACACCAAAUUGAUGAUCGUAGACGAUAAGAAAGUGAUCAUGGGGUCUGCAAACAUCAACGACCGCAGCAUGCUGGGUGAUCGUGAUAGCGAAAUCGCCUUAGUAGUUGAAGAUCUAGAGACUCUUGACAGUCAAAUGGAUGGUGAAUAUUGGCCAGCAGCGAGAUUUGCAGCGACUCUCCGUCGGCGACUCUACAAAGAACAUCUCGGGUUACUUCAACCAUGCUCAAGUUUGCUUCAGCGUGACGAUCCAACACGUUCUAUGCUACCAGUCAAUGUUCCUCAAGAAGACACCACUGAUACUGAAGCUGAUAAUGCUGUUUGCGACCCGAUGGGAUAUGAGCUGGAGUGUAUGUGGACGAAGACGGCGCAAAGAAACACGCAGGCCUUUGGUCACGUAUUCAGACCGGUUCCUGCGGCAGGGAUUUUGACUUGGAAAGACUACAAUGAUUAUGUUCCCAGCGGAAAAGGCGCCGCUAAAGUAUGUCACGUAGUCAAUGAAGCAGGAAAUCUAGAAGAUGUGAAGAAUCGAUUGAAUCAGGUCAAAGGACAUUUGGUAGAGAUGCCAUUAGACUUUUUGCAGAAUGAUAAGAUGUAUGAGGAGAGUGCCUCCGUGAAUCCAUUGACCAUGGCAAUCUACACUUAACAAAUGAAGGCUCGAUUCCAGUUCUUUACUGAAUAGAGAAAUUUCAGAAGAUCUGUGUCAUCAAUGAUCAUACAAACCGUGAUGUAGGUCCAGAAGUUGAGCUUGGUGGAACUUUUGUAAGUUGGUAAGUGGAAUAAAAAUGUAAGCAUAGAUUACAGAGCUCUCAGAAACCGAGGCAGAGUAAAUACGUGUAGAUCGAAUAUUGUCUGGUCCCGUUUGGAAUAUGAAUUGAAUGUAUGCGCUUUCUUAGAAAUGGGGUGGUUUUGGAGUGGUUUUGUUCGAUUUGUCUAUUUCCAUUUCAUGUUUUUGUUUUCCUCUCUUGAUGCGUAUUAUGUACUGAAAUUGACAAAAUGAGUCUCACCAAAAUUAUUUAU